GCCAAUAUCUAACGGUGAUCGUCAUGCAUGACACUAUUGUGGACGAGUUGACUACAACACCAGUAGUUUCACACAGUUAUCGCACGUACUGACCGCUUAUUAUCUUGUCACAUUCGUGGAUAGUUGCUUCAUAAUUCGUUUCCAUUUUACAUACCACAUUUGUUUAGUAAAAUCCUGAAAAAGCUCAUGUCGUAAGAAGAAAGUGUGUACACAAUACCGUAGCAAACUGAGUACGGUAUUUACCAAGGCCUAACCACUCCUGUAGAAAAGAUACAGUAGCAAGAUGACUUCCCGUACAUCUGCCACUACCGUAUUCUAUGUACGGUACAACUAGGAUCGGCAAGGAGAAUCGGCCAAGAGGAUUCGCCCGGAGGACCUGGUCGUCCUGCAGAGAAUUCGAGCACCCACAAUCGGACCAGGAUACGCUGCCUCGUAUAUGGUGUGACGCUUGGGGAGCAUUGUGGAGUGCCCUCCCGGCCUGUUAUCGCUACCCAAUGCGUUUUGCGCAAUUCAAACAUCUUGCAAUUCACCUGAAACGAGAAUUGACAGCAAUCGAGAAGGGUCGCGCCAGCUUGACUUCCUCCUCCUUCUCAAACUACUUGCUUGGAAUGGGCUCCGGCGAUUCAGCAUUACGGACCUUGCGCGAGGUGGCUAGCGCGCCGGAAACGUCUGCUAAGCCUGAAAAUAAGGAGCAGGAGUCUGAGCCAGAGCCGCAGCCCCAGCAAGCGCAAGCUUGUAAGGGGUCAGCCAAUACUGCGGGUGCCACCAGCGACCAGGCUAGUGCCAAGAACGAUCCGGAGCCAGGUAGCGAACCCCGCGGUCAAGACUCGCCGCCGUCGCCUGUGAUCAUGUCCGAUCAGGUUGAACUAGUAACUGUUGACGAUUGCAGCAAAGUGGUAACUUUUGAGCAGGAAUUGCACCGAAAAACCGGCGACAAAUGCGUGGUCGUGCGGGUCAGAGCCAAAGCCAAACUAGGUCGUGUACCAAAGGGCACGGAGAUGGUGCUGAAAGUCAUCAAGAACCGUCGCAGCACCACGGAGGAGGCGUUCAUCAAGGAGCACCGCACUCACGUGGCCUGCUGUGCACGGCGUCAUGCGAACAUCCUCGCCUGCUACCCGUUUCGUUUCCAGACGGCGAGCAAGUCGCACUUUGGCCUGGUCACGGAAGUCUCCGUGGGUGGCAGCCUUACGCACAUGCGUCCUACUCACCAGAUCGUGGAAGCCGAGAGAAUUAUCCUGGGUAUGGCUAAAGCGCUGGAGCACAUUCAUGGCUGUGGCUUUGUUCACUGUGAUGUGAAAAGGGAGAACAUCCUCUUCGAUGCGCCCGAGGAUGGUGGCGCCAAUCAAUAUCGUCUUAUGGACUUCGGGUCCGCGCGAACACUGGGUGACUGGUAUCCUCAGUCAAACUCCGGCUAUACAACAGUUUACGCUCCACCGGAGAUAUUCCCCGAGCACAAGGAAGUCAAACGUGCCGAUCGCAAGAAGUAUCGCGGCGGGCAGGCGCUUGAUGUGUGGGAGCUGGGCAUAACGGCCCUGUUCCUAUGUCAUAUUCACUUGUGGCGCGAGGCCUCAGCCAACUGUGUCGCCUACACCAGUUAUGCGACUGCAGUGGAGGCCGGAGUGCCAGUAACACACCUGUUCGCUGAUCUGCCAAAGUCGCUGAGACACAUCGUGCCCUCUAUGUUGCAUCCCAGCCCGGAGAAGCGUUGCACAAUACAGGAGAUCAUACAACACCUUCUCUAGCCCGAUAGGCGCUCUACUGGCCUUUCUGGCUGUGUAAACUUUAUGAUUUUGCUAAUCUUGUUGUGUCAUGACAUUGUUAUGAAACGAUGUACAGGUAUUGCUUCCCGCUGUGCUGAUAUUCCCCAAACUGUCUUGUCUUCGUCUAGUCGCGUGCAUGUGUGAUGUGAGCAUGCGCGAUGUUGUAGUCGAGAGUCCAUUUUCCAGUCUUGCUGUUCGUCCCGCGGGAAUCAGCUGUCCCUGUUUUACCAUCAUGUCCUACAUGUAGUUCAAGUUACAAUAAACAGUACUCGUCGUU